UACGCUGCUGCUGCCUGUGUCUCCGCCGCGCCUUCACUAAAUCACAACAAGGGACCCGUUGAUGUACAGGGCCGGCCCUGACUAUGAUGGUUAUAUUUGUCAAUGAUCCACAGCCCUGGAGUAUGAUGUUGAUUGUGUCUUUGUUUCUUCCUGCAGGGUGGACCAUGGUGGACCGCAGAAUAUGAAACCUGGUCUGAGGAAGUAUGUCUGUGAACUGGAACUGGACACAAACACAGUACACAGAGAACUCAAACUGUCUGACAACAACAGGAAGGUGACACGUGUGGAGGACUGUCAGUCAUAUCUUGAUCAUCCAGACAGAUUUGAUUUCUGGCAUCAGCUGCUGUGUAGAGAUGGUCUGACUGGUUGUUGUUACUGGGAGGUUGAGAGGAGAGGAGAGGUUAAUAUAUCAGUGAGUUACAGAGGAAUCAGAAGGAAAGGAGACAGUAGAGAAGGUUUAUUUGGAGAAAAUGAUCAUUCCUGGACUCUGAACUGCUCUGAUGAAGAUGGUUACUCCGUCUUGCACAAUAAGAAAAGAAAAUUCCUCACUUCCUGCACUGUCUCUAACAGAGUAGCAGUGCAUGUGGACGUUCCUGCUGGCUCUCUGUCCUUCUACACAGUCUCCUCUGACUCACUGAUCCACCUCCACACCUUCAACACCACAUUCACUCAGCCUCUCUAUCCUGGUUGUGACACAUCUCCAGUUCUUAGCACCACCACCCGGCAGCCUGGUGUGCAGCUGCCCGGCCGCUGCCCGCUAACUUCCUUGGAUGUGGAGGCACAUGAGUAG